AAAACAUCCGCCAAAAUAACGUCCCCAACUGAAAUGCAGCCAAAAUUUAAGUUCGCCGAAGGCGAGAAAGUGCUCUGCUUCCAUGGGCCGUUAAUAUAUGAGGCCAAGGCUUUAAAGAGCACCGUCACCAAGGACAAACAACUGAAGUAUUUCGUUCACUAUGCUGGAUGGAACAAAAAUUGGGACGAGUGGGUGCCGGAACAUCGAGUUUUAAAAUACAACGAAACCAAUUUACAAAGACAGAAGGAACUGCAGAAGGAGCACGAUGCAAAAAAGGAAAAGAAUAGAAAAAAUACGGCUAAAGGUAAGAAAGGUGAGACCGUUGGCACGAAUUCGAAGGAGAGCGGUGCAACCAGUAGUGGUGGCAGUGAAUCUAGAGCUUCAACUCCAUCAAAAGAGUUGGCAAACACUUCUGCAACAGCAACUGCUUCUUCCGGAAGGGGGAAUAGGUCUAAGCAGGCUUCCGCUACCACAGAAUCCAAAAAAGAUGGCAGUGGUCGGGAAGAUUCCAUAAAGGACGACAAAGACGAACCCAUUAUAAAAAAGAAGAGGGGAGCUUCAACUAGCUCCUCUGACAAGUCUACGGCGAAUAGCACAGCAGCAUCAAGUACAUCAGGCCCGGGAGCUCCUGCAGCUUCCCCGGCUGCAUUGGCCAACAGUAGCACUGUAAAUCCGGCAUCUCAGACAAGUGUUCGGCUGGACCCAUGCGUUGAAAGUGAAGAGACUUUCCUUUCAAAAAUUGAAGUGAAAAUAAAAAUCCCCGACGAAUUGAAACAAUGCCUGGCAGACGAUUGGGAUGCUAUAACUAGGCAACACAAACUUCUAGAUAUACCCGCAAAAAUAACAGUACAGGAUAUCGUUGACCAGUACAUAAGUUUCAAAAAAUCAGCAAAAUCAACAAAUGCCGGCAAGGAACUAGCCAUUACAGACGUUCUCAAUGGAGUAGUGGAAUACUUCAAUGUUAUGUUGGGAUCUCAGCUUCUGUACAAAUUUGAACGUCCACAGUAUGCAGAUAUUUUGCAGCAAUAUCCAGAUAUUCCUUUAUCCAAACUGUACGGGUCGUUCCACCUGUUACGUUUAUUUGUAAAAUUAGGAUCAAUGUUGGGCUAUUCUGACCUAGAUGAGAAAUCUAUGCAGCUGCUGCUCGUGCAUCUACACGAUUUUCUAAAGUAUUUGGUAAAAAAUAGUGCUACAUUCUUUAGCAUGUCGAGUUUUGUUAAUGCUACCCCAGAAUAUCAUCGCCACACACAAUGA